UCCGAUUGGUAUCAGUUAGCCAUUAGCUUUAAAUAGUUACUAAUAAUAAAAUAAGAAUUCUAUAAAGCUCUUACAAAUCAAUUUUAGUUUAUAAAAACAUAAAUCAAAAAUGCAAAUCCUCUCGUGUAUCGUAUUCACCGCUGCCGCGCUUUUUGCAGACGCAUUCGCGGGCUAUAUUCCACACGGACAUGCUUCCAGUUAUGCCUCAGUUGUCCAAAACACCGAUGGUCAUCGUGUUGCCACACACGGCUAUGGUAGUCACGGUCUUUAUCUGCAAGGUGCGGGACAUGGUUAUGAUCACUACGAACCUCAUCACUAUCCCAAGUACACCUUCGACUAUGGUGUUAAGGACGCACACACCGGCGAUCAUAAGAGCCAAUGGGAGCAUCGUGAUGGUGAUCAUGUCAAGGGUGGUUAUACUCUGGAGGAAGCUGACGGUACAACACGCGUUGUAGAGUACACCGCCGACGAUCACCACGGCUUCAACGCUGUUGUCACGAAAAUUGGCCAUGCUCACCAUCCUUAAGGAUAUAAUCAUGAAGGCAACUACUAUGGUGCUGACGGUUACGGGAAUGGGCAUACCGGCAGCUUCUUUGAAGUCAGUCAACAUCACUGAUCUAAAGCACUGAUGAAUAGUCCACCAAAGUAAAAAUUGUUAAAUGGAAUAAUCCACAAACCGAUUCGACAAAUUGUGACGCGACAAUACUCACAAUUUCAUAAGAAAGGAAUUGUAUUAGUAUAAUUUUUUUUAUAGUAAUACUGUAAUUGGUUAUUAGUAAAAUAUAAAAUUGAAACCUUCAUUUACAUGUCUGUU